AUGCCUCGUCCGACCAGCCAGCACCGCCACUCGUCGAGCAUUGCUGCUGGCUCUCUCCCAAAAUCCCGCCCGCACUCACACUCGCUGUCUGUAGGCUCUAUAAAUCCCGCGCACCGUGUGACGCGGAGGAAGAGCAUGUCCUCGACCGCCAACGUCGCUGCCAUGACGGCUGCUGCCAAGGGCAUGUCCGGCGCACCCCUCGAGGGAACCGCGACUGCUGCCCGCCGCUCGUCGAAGCCUGCCUCGGCCUUCCGAGGGCCUGCCCUCAACUAUCCCGCCAUGGCCAGCAGCGUCCCCAGCAAUGGCUCCGUCUACAGCCCCGGCAGCUACAAUCCAGCUGCCAAGACUGAGGUAGUUGUGACCGACGGGCCCCCUCUGGCGACCAUGCCCGAGCAUGAAAAGGGCAACUCCAAGUCUAGAAUGCGUCGCGCCAGCGAGGGCUCGCGUCUCGCCAAAGGCGAGGGCAAGCGCACAAGUGGUAGCGAAUUGAGAUGUGAAAAAUGUGGGAAAGGGUACAAGCACAGUAGUUGUCUGACCAAACAUCUUUGGGAGCACACCCCGGAAUGGCAGUACACGUCCAAGCUGCUCAUCUCCAAGCACCAGCAGGUGCAGCUCCUGGAGGCAGCCUCGGUUCUCGUCGCCAUGAACCAGGAGGGCGAAUCUGCUCGAGACAGCGACUCGGCGUCUCCUCCCGCGUCAGGGUCUUCCGACGUGCGCGACGAGCUGAGUUCCACGGACACUACCCCGCCCCCGCAAAUUGACGACCACGCUGUGGGCUCCUUCCCUCGCUCCCACUUUGGGCAUCGUUCUUCAAAACGCUAUUCCACAAACAGCAGCUCCGCCUACAGCCAAUCCUACCAGUCUGCUGUGUUUUCUGACAACGGUCACGGUGGCCAUUAUCGCCAGUGGAGCAACGUGUCGGAUCGCCCCACCACAUCCGGCACCUCGGUCGCAGGCUCUUAUCACGACCAUGAUGAUGAAAAUGAUCAGGCCGAUCUCGCUGCUGCUGUUGGUUUGCUGAGCUGCUCUUACGGGACCCCAAAGACGGGCCCUAUCGCUCUUCCUCCUGAUGUUCCCCCCGUUCCUCCCCUACCAGCGAAAUUUUUAGGCUUUAACAACCCGCAUUCGAUAUCGGGCAGCACCACCGUAACUGCGCACCAAUCGAGUUUACGCAGAUACCAAUACCCCGAAAGUAAAGACGUGGACAUGGACGAAGAAAGUUUUGCGGAUGACGACGACUUCCGCCACCCGCACUCUCGUAGCCAUGGACGUAUUGACGAGGACGACGACGCCUUUUUCGGAAGAAUGGAAGAAUAA